UAGUAUUUUGGUAUUAGGAAAAAUAUGUUCAUUAGAUUGUGCAGAGAGUUAGUAGUCAUUACCGAAAUAUCUUAUUAGAGAACCAUGAGCGCUCGUUGUAUUUUUUAACGGACUUUUCUUUUGAAACGAAGGUUUCCCAUCACGGUGGCCAUCACGGAAACGUUCAUGGUUUGUGUUGAUGUGGCUGAAGACUGGCGGCUCCAAACGUUAACAGUUUACAAGAAAUAUGGAAACCUCAGCUAAAGAAAAAGAGGCCAUGGCUCUAAUGGCGGAAGCCGAAAAGAAAGUCAAAUCAUCGCAAUCUUUCUUUGGCUCGUUGUUUGGGGGAUCUUCGAAAAUGGAGGAAGCAUGUGACAUGUAUGGGAGAGCCGGCAACAUGUUCAAGAUGGCAAAGAACUGGAGUGCUGCAGGAAAUGCCUUCUCUCAGGCAGCGCUUCUUCACCUUCAGAUGCAGAGCAAGCAUGAUGCGGCAACAAACUUCAUCGAUGCAGGCAAUGCCUUUAAAAAAGCUGACCCUCAAGAGGCCAUUAACUGCCUGAAUAGGGCAAUCGAGAUUUACACAGAUAUGGGUCGUUUCACAAUUGCAGCGAAGCAUCACGUGACCAUUGCAGAGAUCUUUGAAACAGAAUUAGUUGAUAUCGAUAAGGCAAUAGCUCACUAUGAACAAGCAGCUGAUUACUACAAAGGAGAGGAAUCCACAAGCUCAGCUAACAAGUAUCUGCUUAAAGUUGCUGCCUAUGCAGCUCAGCUGGAGCAGUAUCCAAAGGCCAUUGAGAUAUAUGAGCAAGUUGGAGCACAAGCAAUGGACAACACACUAUUAAAAUACAGUGCUAAGGAUUAUUUCUUUAAAGCAGCACUCUGCCACUUCUGUGUUGAUAUGCUUAAUGCCAAGCUGGCUUUGCAGAAGUAUGAGGAAAUGUUUCCUGCCUUUUCAGACUCCCGGGAAUGCAAAUUGAUCAAGAAACUAUUAGAUGCAUAUGAGGAACAGAAUGUUGAUGCGUAUACUGACUCGGUGAAAGAGUUUGACACAAUCUCCAGACUGGACCAGUGGCUCACCACUAUCCUGCUGCGUAUUAAGAAAACCAUACAAGAGGAUGAGAGUGACCUACGUUAACCUUAUUUUUUUGCUCCACCUCUGCUGCUUAUACCCUGAGCUUUCCUUUGUUUUCUUUUUCAUCCUAUUAAUAGCAGUGCAUUGUCUUCAUUCAAGUGUUUUUUCCCCUCUGCCUUCAUCUCUGCAGCUCAUACAUGGAUUAUGGGCCAUAUUCAAAUGCAGAAAACACUAAGACAUACAUAUUUUUGUUUAGACAUGCAGUUUUGAAAAGUGCCUUGGAACUGAAACCAAUUGCAUUCCUUGCUAAAGGACAGUUGAUGCUGUGGGUUCAUGCUUUGUGCCCAAAGACUCCUUUGCGCCAACGUUUAUUACUAUGCACGAAAUGCCUUUAGCCGCAGUUCAUGACAUCUUAUGACCCUCUUAUUUACUGUUGUUGAUUGCAUCAAUGAUGCAACUAUGAAUUCACUGCAAUAACUUUUUACUGCACAACUCAUGAUUGCCUUCCUUGUGUAUCCUCAGUUCCCCAGUUAUUUUUCUUUCCUUGAUUGUUCUAUAUUUUAAACAGCAAUGAACGUUGAUAAAUAUGCUUCAGUGUGAUUUAUAGUAAUUUUCUCUAAAAUGUAUGAAGGUAAAUAUAUUAUUGAACUGUAAACUUUUUAAAGUUAAGUUAGAGUUCAUUGCAUAAUAAAAUAAUUUCAUGUUCGAGAAAAAAAA